AUGGAACUUAUUUGUCAUCAUUGCGGAGCAAAACAUUUUAAAGCUGAAGACAUAUCAAAUAAGAAAACUUCAUUUAGUAGUUGUUGUAGUCAUGGUGAAAUUAUGAUUGAUCCAAUGCCAGAACCACCAUUAUUAUUGAAAAUUAAUUAUAAUAAUAAACCAGGUCCAUAUUGUUUUAAGAUACAAGGACAAAUUUACUAUCAAAUAAAUACGUCAUUGUAUCCGUCUGCUGAAGAGUCACCAUCUUUCGAAAUAAUAGAUGCGAUCGAAACAGUUCUUCGGCAACAUAAUGUGUUUGCACAAUCUUAUCAAAUGAUGCAUGAAGAAUUAAGACAGGCAAUGAUUGAUAAAGAUGUUGACACAGAACCAGAGAUGCAGUUAUUAUUUUCAUUAAAACCUGGUUUAGAUAUUAGACGAUAUAAUCCACAAAGAGUGAAUGAAGUUGCAGCCGUCUUUACAACAACCGCUGAUGGUGAUAUCCCAGAGUCUUAUGUAACAAUUCAUAAUAAACGAACCAAAACUCUACAAUACUUGAGUUCAAUGGAUCCAAAUGUUGAAGCUUUAGUUUAUCCACUUUAUUAUCCGUAUGGUACCAAUAGUUGGAGCUCAACAUUAACAAAAGUGAACAAACAAAAAAGAAUAUCAAGAGCUGCUUACAUUAAACACAGAAUAGCAAUAAGAGAUACUGAUAAUAUUUUCUUAAUGGGUGGACGAUUAUUUCAACAGUGGUUAGUCGACAAUUUUAUUACAACAACUGUCUCUGUCGAUAAAUUCAUUGCUGCUGAAAUCCCAAAUCCAUCUGAUGAUCAAAUACUUCAUAAAAUAGUCAUGAAGAAUAUGAUCCACGGACCAUGUGGUGAUUGGUGUAAGAAUAAAGAUGGUAUAUGUACAAAACAUUUUCCAAAAAAAUUUCAAAAUGAAACACUGAUAGACGAAAAUGGAUAUCCCACAUAUAAACGUAGAAAUACUGGAGUAUAUAAACGAAUAAACGGAGAAGCUGUUGAUAAUCGAUAUGUUAGUGCAGUUGAAGCAUGUGACCGAAUAUUAGGAAGAUCUCUACAAAAAAAAAGUCAUUCAAUUAUUCGGUUACCAAUUCAUUUGCCUAAUCAACAAAAUGUUAUUAUAAAUAAUGAUGAUGCGGAUACAUUAAGAGCCGCAUUACAAAAAAAUACUAUGCUCUUAGAAUAUUUUGCUUUAAAUCAACGUGAUGAAAAUGCCAAAGAAUAUCUAUAUGCGGAUAUUCCAUCACAUUAUGUUUUUAAAAAUUUAUCUGGUACUAAAUCAUGGGAAAUUCGAAAACAGCAACACAAUGUUAUAGGAAGAAUGUACGCUGUAAGUCCUCAUCAAAUGGAAUUAUUCAAUCUUCGAUUACUAUUAUUGACAGUUAAAGGAGCGACAAGUUAUGAAAAUCUACGGACGAUCAAUGGAAAAAUCUAUGAUACUUAUCAUGCAGCAUGUUUAUCACUAGGGCUCAUUGAAGACGAUACAGAAUGGGAACGUGCCAUGACAGAAGGAGAAAUAUGGAUGAUGCCUCGACAGUUAAGACGAUUAUUUGUGAGUAUUUUGAUUCACUGUCAACCAAAUGACCCAGGAAAAUUAUGGGAAAAAUUCAAAGAUGCAUUAUCACAAGAUUUUUAUAAAAGUUCAACAUCAGAGAGCAUAAAAAAAGCAUAUCAUGAAAUAAACGCUUUAUUAUGCAAUGAUAAACAUAUUCUCGAUGAUUUUCCAACUAUGCCAUCAUUGUCUGAAUUUGAAAUAGUAGAAAAUAUUGAGGAUAAUAUUGAAGAAAUAGAUCCAAGUCAUCAUGAAAUAGGGGAGAGUCAAUACAAGAAGCUGAAUGUGAAGCAAAAAGAAAUUGUUGAUAGAAUCAUAGAAGUUGUCAUGAUGGGAGACGAAAAAAAUAAUUCAGAAACCUGUUAUUACAUUGAUGGUCCAGGUGGAUCUGGAAAGACUUUUGUUUACAUUACUCUAUACCAUUUAUUGAAAAGUAAAGGUAAAAAAGUUUGUACAAUGUCAUUUACAGGGGUUUCAGCAAUACUACUUCCUAACGGAAAAACUGUUCAUAAGACAUUCGGCCUACCAGUUCCACUUUUUCCUGAUUCAACAUCACAUAUAAAAAUUCAAUCAAAAGAAGCACAUAUUAUGAAAAAUUAUGACUUAAUAAUUUGGGAUGAAGGUCCUAUGGCACCACGAUAUUGCAUGGAAAUAGGCGAUAUGACUUACAAAUAUUUCAUGAAUAAUGAUUUACCGUUUGGUGGGAAAGUAAUUUUGAUAGGUGGUGAUUUUAGACAGCUACUACCAGUUAAAGUUAAUGCUACACAAAAUAUGAGAACACUACCUGAAGAGAAAGAAUUUUCAAAAUAUCUUCUAGAUGUUGGCAAUGGUGUUUUAAAUGACAAAAACGAUAAUAUAAUAGCACCGGAACAAUGCAUAGCUGAAAAUAAUGAAGAUAUAGUAGAAUCAAUAUUCAAAGAAAUUAUUAAAAAUCAAAAAUACGAUGAACUUACAAAAGUAGCUGUAUUAGCAGCACGAAAUGUUGACGUUGAUGAAAUCAAUUGUAAAGUUCUUAAAUUAUUUGAUAAAAAAACGGAAAAGAUAUAUCCAAGCAUAGAUAGUACAGAAAACUGUGAUAAUGGAGAUAUUAAAGAUGCAAUCUUACCAGAAUAUCUUCAUUCAUUAAAUCCAUCAAAUUUUCCUCAGCAUGAACUUAAAUUAAGAAUUAAUUGUGUAGUUAUGCUGCUUCGUAAUUUGAGUAUUGCUGAAGGUCUAUGCAAUGGAACACGAUUACAAAUACUAGAAUUAGCUAAUAAUCUCUUAAAAUUCAAUAGCUCAUAA